CGUAAAAGAGGCAAACCGUUUGGCUGGGCGGGACGCGCACGAACACACGUCCCGUGAAACCGUUGGAUGAACCUUGGCUUGAUAAUGGAUUAGCGCAUCAGACCGACAACCACCGAGAUCAAGCCACAUCGCCCGCUUGUCAAUCUCUUGGAAGAGAACACUUAUGCGCCCACUGACGAGGAGUGAGUCACGGUUUAAAGCAGUGGAAUAAGCGUGCGCCGGUGCGGACGGGGAGAUUCAGCGUGGGGUUUUACACUCCAUUUUCGGGUACUUAAAGCCCGCCGCUGCAGCGGGUUUUAUGGGGAAGAGAAGCGAGGAGCUCGCGCCGCCGAACGGAACCACAGCUGCUGCGCGAGCCUCUUGAAUGCAAGACAUGGAGAGCGCGCGGGAUGCCCACGCACACUGCUGGUGCGCAUCUUCAUAAAGAGCGACUCUGCGACCGACGAGACUACAAAACUACCCCUGUUCCGAGAUAAAGUUCGAGUCCAAGCGGAGGACGUUUUUUUUUUUUUCAAGAGCGUUUCUCGCUGAGAACAAACCACAGAAACAUACUUUUCACAGGAACCUCAAAGGGACCGCCGCCGCCGAGAAGAUGCGUGGAGAGGUCGCGAGGAGAUUUCAGAUGCUGCUCGCGCUUUAUUGCUUGAUGCUUCUCGUCAGUUUGGCAGGGGGCUUUCCAACAAGACGCAAGAGUUUUACCCAUAAAAUUCACGGCCAUCCAGUUCACGGCGGUGGGAUCCAACAUGUCUCUGAGGAGCAGCAGAACCAGGUCCAGAGCAUUCUGCCUGAGCCUCACAGCCACCAGAGGAGGUGGUCUCACCCCCAACACCGCUCCGUCGGUGUCCUUCCACAGCCGGAGCCCGAGGAGGAGACCAAACCUUUUAUCUUCGACCUAAACAACUUUCCAGACCUAGCCAACGCCGACAUUAACUCUCAGAACCCCAACAUUCAGGUAACCAUAGAAGUUGUUGAUGACCCUCAGAUGGAGGUCGAGAUGGACCUGGCCAAUGAGAAGGACUGGCUGCCUUCCUCCCCCUCCUCCACGGUGGAUUGGAUCGGAGGCAAGAAGCUCUUCUGGCCCCUCUUUUGGAGCUACACCGAUUCCAGCGAGGAAAACAACAGUCGGUCAGGCACGGAGGACACUGGGGAGGAAGAGGAGGAAGAUGACUACUCUCUGGAUUAUGGAAGCGAAGAGCCCUUACCCAGUGGAGUGGGGGCCGACUGGGAUACUCGUUGGAAUGAGGGUUGGGAUCCCAUGGAAAGCUACUAUGAGAAAGAGACAGAUGAAUGGACUCCUUGGUCUCCCUGCUCGGUGACGUGUGGACACGGCGAAAGGAAGAGGACUAAAUCCUGCGGCUACUCCUGCACGCUGACAGAAGCUUCCAAGUGCGACCUGGAGCCUUGCCCUGGCGACGUUAACGCUGUGGUAGAGCCAUUCCCUUUUGAGAUGGAGAACGGCACGGAACCUUUUGGAACAGAUGUGGACAGCUGUGAGAAGUGGCUGAACUGCAAGAGCGACUUUCUCCAGCGGUAUCUGCAGCAGGUUUUGUCUGAGCUGCCCAGCUGCCCGUGCUCCUACCCGUCUGAGGCGGCGUACACCGUGGUGAGCCUCUACGACGAGACCCGCGGGCGGCCUUUCCGCUGGCGCGACGCCAGCGGCCCGAAGGAGCGGCUGGACGUCUACAAGCCCUCAGCGCGCAGCUGCAUUCGCUCGGCGCUUUCCAGCGACUCGUCCACGCUGGCGGCGCAGCACUGUUGCUACAACGACCGCGGGCGCCUGAUCACGCGGGGGAAGGGCGCCGGCACGCCCAACCUCAUCAGCACCGAGUUCUCGCAAGAGCUGCACUUCAAGGUGGACGUUCUGCCUUGGAUCCUGUGCAAAGGGGACUGGAGUCGCUUCCACGUGGUGCGGCCGCCGAACAACGGACUGACCUGUCCGGAAAACCCCCACGAAGAUGUGUUUAUGAAUGAACUUGAAGAGGCCAGAGAGUACUGAGUUACCGCAGCCAAAACAACUCCAGUGCAGUCGGAGAGUCAGAGGACCCUGUCCUAAUUUAACACAAAACAGCCUAAAAGUUGUGACAUAUUACUUUCAAGCCACUCAUCAGCUAUUAAUGCAUAAAAAUACAACCUCAAGGGGCGUUUUCAUUUGUGUUUGUGAGUUUUGAUGAGGCCUAUUUUCAAAUUAGGAAUAGCAUCAUUGUCCUGAACACAGGCGCGACGGACUGAUUCACAUGAAUGGAUGAGGAGAAAAAAAUGUCCCUUUGGUUGCCAUCUACUCACACAUCCAGUGUUACAUCCAUUCACUGUAUUUUUUUCUUCUUCUUCUAAAUUUCCUUCCCUCUGUGGCUUGUUUUAUGGUAUCUUGAAGUUACCGUCUACAAGUGGAUGCUAACCACAUUUGCCCUACAUCUUUAUCGUGCUUCUUAAAAGUUUUAUAGAAAGAACGGCUCUAUUAAGAAAGCGUGGUUCUUUAUAAGACAUAAACAAAGGUAUGGGCAUAUUUUAGCUGAUCAACAUUAUACCAAUGCUGCUACAACGUAAAACCCCUCAGGCUUUAUAAGGCUUUUUAACACAAGACACGUGCAGAUCCAAUACAUGCAUCCAGUCAGCGCUUUUGCCUACACAACUGCAAAUCAUCAAGGAAUGUGGAUCUGAACACGAAAGGGUCUAAAAGGCAAAGUGACAUCGUCCUUGUAAGAAUUUUCGGCGAGCGUUACGAGAACGGCCUUUUUUUUUUUUAGCAGGAAACCAUCCAGACGAAUCGCGCUCGAUUCCAAACGUUUUGUCACACUAAUUGAUCUCAUCUGUUUCCCCGCGUUUUGCUUUCACAACCGCGAACGCGUACGAUCCGGGUGCCAAAGAGAUAGAAAUCGGACCGCUGGGUGCCAGUGUAAACCCAGCCUCCACAUCUCUCCCAGGGCAGAUGUAGGUAAAGAACAGCUUGGACAGAGAGUAGGUUUUUCUUGCAGGUGUGUCUCUACAAUGUUCUCAGGGGGACUAAGUGACCACGUCAAACUAAUUUGUUCAUAUACCUCACCAGCAGGACACUUCUGGAUCUCUUACAAAGCAUGUGGGGGGAAAAGAUUAGUGGAUGCGUAUCAACUGUGGAAUCCACAUAAGAAGGGAUGAACAGAUUAUGUUUUUUUUUUUACGAAGCUGUUGGAUCCUUUAAGUUCGAAGAGUUGUACGGUUGGUACGUAUUCCUUUCAAGCUGUCUUGAUCGAACUCGAUUGGAUAGAAAAGACAUUCCUUCCUAAACACUGUCACGUAGUCGGCUGACACAGGAUAUUGGUACUGGCAAGAGAAGCAAGUUGGUAUUACCAAAUACUUUAGGCUUUAGCCAUUAUGUAUGGUGCAUGAUAUUGAGAAAAAAGAAAAAAAAAGCACAGUUUUAACCUCUGGCCAAACAUGUUUCAGCUUUCAAGAACUGCCUUUGUGACGGACACACCCAGCGUGACCCCCAGGACUUGUGCUUUCUAUCCAAUCCUAUUCCAUUGGAUGUUUGCUCCGAACCUCUUUUCAGGAAUUCCGCCUCCACGUGCGUACAGGCAUUUGUACUUUGAAAUAGCCAAUUUUAAAGUAAGGCACUUUAUUUUCGUUUUGCCAUUCAUUCACACGCUUGUUAUCGUGAAGGUUAAGCUCAAGAGAAAUGCUGCGUUAUUUCAUGAAGUUGCAUACCAUGUAAGAAGUGUUGAUAAACCGCAUGAUCUCUUCGUGAUUAAGUCUAGUAUUACAUAUUAUGGUGUUGUACAGUAUUUAUUUGUCUGUUCUGUACUGUUUUUAAGUUUGCUGAAGCUUUGAAAUGUCUCUCCACUCAACAUGGUGCACUAAUUGAACUGAACAAAUGAAGGAACCCAGUAACAAAGGGAAGCAUUUUGCCUCACAUCACCUUAAACAGCGAAACACGUCUGUGUUUGAUUUUGCGUUGGACUGCUCUAUGACUCUGUUGUUGCAAUUAUACUGAAGAAAUAUAUAAAUAUCUAUAUAUAAAUAUAUGUAUAUAUAUAUAAAGAGUUUGCAUUCAUCAUCUGA